AUGUUGGACCAGAGUGACGACGAGGACGAUGAGGAGACCGGGACUCCCCAGGGUAAUCCUCAGCCUAACCCUAAUGUCAACAAAGACAAGGAUAGCGAUACGAUCAUAACUGGGAAAGUACAAGAAAAGUCUAAGGACAAGAAACCCCAAGGAAAGAAUAACGAUGGCCUUUCCAAGGAAGAGCGCCAGAAGCGCUACGACAACAAAGCCUGUCUUAGAUGCGGUGAAGUAGGACACUUCCGCAGAGACUGUCUAAAGAACGAAACUAGCAAGCAGGCCAUAGUCAAGAUCAAGAUGCUUAGGCUAGGCACACUAUACCCAAGAUAUGAACUUGAAUCCAAUAACAACCUUAGUGAUCUAGACCUCUACGAUAAGGCGCGAAGGGCCGAACGCCCAAACUACGAAGUCAUUCCACAGCCACUAAAGGCCGACGACAUUAUCACUACGGGAAAAGCCCUACCAACAGAUUAG